AUGAACAACAACAACAACAACAAGAACAAUCAAGAAGAAAGCAACAGCAUAAUUAGCAGUAAUAUUAAUAUAAGCGUCCAUAAUAAUAAUAAUGAUAUUAAUAAUAAGCAAGAUGAUCAAGAACAAGAAAAUGAUCAUGACGAGGAGAUGGUGAUGCCCGGAUUUCGAUUCCAUCCGACGGAGGAAGAGCUCGUCGAAUUCUACCUUCGCCGUAAAGUCGAGGGCAAGCGCUUCAACGUCGAACUCAUCACUUUCUUGGACCUUUAUCGCUAUGACCCUUGGGAACUUCCUGGUUUGGCAGCAAUAGGGGAGAAGGAAUGGUACUUUUAUGUGCCGAGAGAUAGAAAGUACAGAAACGGAGAUCGUCCGAACCGUGUGACUACUUCCGGUUAUUGGAAAGCAACGGGUGCCGAUAGAUCCAUCCGAAGUGAGAAUCUCCGUUCCAUCGGGCUCAAGAAAACCCUAGUUUUCUACUCCGGUAAAGCCCCCAAAGGUAUCCGUACUAGUUGGAUCAUGAACGAGUAUCGCUUGCCUCUCCACGAAACCGAACGCCUACAAAAGGCCGAAAUUUCUCUUUGCCGAGUCUACAAAAGAGCCGGAGUCGAAGACCAUCACUCUCUCCCAUCAACAUCUUCAUCACAACAAACACGAAAUCAAAACGAACCCGAAAAUCGAGAAAUCGGAAGAUCAAAAUCACAACAAAAAGAUGGGAAAAAGGCCAAAAUAACAAGCACAAAUUAUAAUAAUAAUACCAAAAAUAUUAAUAAUAUUGCCCUCCAAAACCAAAUUACUAAUAAUUCUUACACAACAAUCCCACCACCAUCUCCAACUUCACUACAAGAAGAAGAGGCUAAUAUAAUUAUUUGCCACUCUUCUAGUUUAUCCCAAAAUUGCCCCUCCUCCAUAUUAUUUAACACUAAUAAUAAUAAUAAUGAUAGUAAUAAUUCCUCCAUUAAUCCAAAUAUUGAUGAUGAUCUUCAUAAGCUAGUCAAUAUUAAUUACUCGUCACAACAAAGUGCCUCAUUAUUAACCAAUAAUAACGAUAAUAAUAAUCUUGAAAAUAAUAAUAAUAAUCCUCAAUAUCCUAACAAUAAUAAUGUUCUGCCCGAAUUCUCCUCCUCGUUGCAGCCGCCGGCAGGCUUCGCCGAUAGAUUGUGGGACUGGAAUUCGAUUUCGGAGGCAAACAAAGACUUCACAAAUCUUUUCAAGUAAACCCUUUAAGAUUAUAUCUAUGUGUAGAACUGCAUUAUAAUUAAUUAUAUUGUUGUUCUAAUUAUUAUAUAUAGUGAUCUCAUAUAUAUAUGUGUUUAAUGCAGAUUGAUGCUAAUUAAUAUAUAUGUGUAGUGGAUGCAUAUUUUGUUUAAUUGGUUAUGUAAUAAUUAGUAACUCAAUGUAGCUUUUUAGCCAUUGUCUUGAAGAAAUGUUCAUACAAGGGUUUAAUUCGAAGUCAUAAUUAUUACUAUGAAACAAUUAAUAAUGGAGAGUGAUAUUUUAGUCACUUUAUAGGUUUUUUUUCUUA